UUUCAACGUCUUCCUCAUCAUUCAAGAUGUCCGCUAUUCUCAGACGGCUGCGAGGAGGAAAUCUUGAAGUUCUCAAAUUCUCUGUCUAUGUCUUCUUCCCGGUUGCCCUCAUGAUACAUUUCGGCGAUCCAGACUGGUAUAACAAGCAUGUCACCCCUUACAAAGAUCACAUCUUUCCUCCGGAUCAUAAGUUGGUAACUAAACUACCCACCGAUCAAGCAUCGCUACGAGAAGAGCUUGCCAAAAUAAAGGCAAAGAAACUUGAAAAGUUGGCUGAACGGGAAAAGGAAGACUCCUCUUCAUAGGCAUCGCAUACAAUGGAGUUUCAUGCUUCUUAUGAUAUAGUACAUUCAGGACCUCCAUAUGUUUCAUUUUG